AUGGUAGAAAAGAACACUGAUGAAAAUUUCAUCGAGAGAUUCAAGAAAAUAAGCAGAGAAACCCCUGUCGUUGAUACUCAUAAUGAUUUUCCUUACUUGCUAAGAGUCCAAUUACAUAACGAAUUUGAAACAGAGAGCAGGUUUAACUUUGAUGACAAGUUGCAAAGUCACACUGAUUUAAUGAAAUUCAGACAAGGUAAGAUUGGAUUACAAUUUUUUAGUUGCUUCAUUGAGUGCAAGGAUGAUGAUUACUUGUACCAGGACUUCAACAAGGCAAACAGUGCGGUUAGGGAUACUAUGGAGCAAAUUGAUGUCGUUACGCGUUUGGUGGAUUCCUACCUGGACGACAUGAAGAUGGUACUGACGUCACUGCAAGUAAUGGACGUUUAUUCCGGUGGAAAAGUUGCUAUUACAAUGGGGGUUGAAGGAUUGCAUCAAGUGGAUAGCUCUUUAAGCGUACUUAGAAAAUAUUAUGAAUUGGGAGUACGCUAUAUCACGUUAACUCAUAAUUGUGAUAACCCGUUUGCAACUGCCGCCUCUUCAGUAGUUGCUGGUUUGCCGGACAAAGGUCUUUCUGACUUUGGAAGAUCAUGUAUUCAAGAAAUGAACAGAAUAGGUAUGAUGGUAGAUUUAUCUCAUGUAAGUUAUAAGACCAUGCUUGAUGUAUUGGAGAUAACAAAGGCACCUGUAAUGUUUUCUCAUUCUUCUGCUUACUCCAUAACACCAAACGAAAGAAAUGUUAGAGACGAUGUGUUGUUAAAGAUGAAAGAAAAUGGCGGAGUUAUUUGUAUUAACUUCUUUCCCUUAUUCAUCAGUCAAACUGGCGAUGAAUGCGCCACCAUAGAUGAUGCUGUAGAUCAUAUAAAGCAUGUUGUUGAAUUAAUUGGUUGGGAGCAUGUUGGGCUUGGAUCUGAUUUCGAUGGGAUUCCAGAAGGUCCAAAAGGUCUCGAAGAUGUCUCUAAAUAUCCAGACUUACUAAUUAAAGUCAUGGAAAAAUUGAACGCAUCGGAUAGUGAAAUACAAUUGUUAAUGGGGAAGAACGUCUUGCGAGUCUGGAAUGAUAAUGAGAGAGUUUCUAGACUGUUACAAAAAGCAGGAACACAAGCUGUGAAUGCAAAUUGGCCUGAAAGAGAUUGGAGCUUCUAUGAUUAUGCAAAAACUUUCCCUGAAAUUUUUCCAGGCGCAUAUCAGGCUAAGAAAAAUACGUAUAAAGAUUCCCAAUCUCUUGAUUUAACUACAAAAAAAUAA